CGUAUCGACUGCGUUGGCCCAUGGUCCAUGGCCCAGCCGUCCGCUGCGCAAACUUGAUAACGAGAUGCCUCGCCACCACGACUGCGCUGCUCACCGCCCCGUCCCCAGUUACUGGCAUCCCCAUGGUCCUCAACUUCCGGCGACACAAGCACGUCGCAUCGGUUCUCGACCUGCCUGUAGAGCAGUACGACGUGGCGACGCAACUGCCCGCGCGCAUUCAAGUAGGGCCGUACGCCGUGAAGCCCCUCGUACAGAUUUCUGAUGUCGUGGACCACCUCACGAUCCUCGCGGCGUUCGCAGACGCUGCGCAACGCGAAGUCGACUUUCGGCGCUUUGCGAGCCACGCCGCGGGCGAGUACGAGUUCUGGGCACUCUCCGUGCUGCCGCAUCUCCGGGGAGCGCGCAGGAGUGGGGACUCGCCGCGGAGCACGGGCACGCCCCCCAUAAACGCAAGCGGACAUCCCACUCCACCAAUACCAGGCCGGUCGCAUACCGUGCCGACGGCCGUGGGGACGCCGAAGCUGCACAUUGCCACCGGGGCGCUCGUGCACUCGCCGACAUCUUCGCCUCUCUCGAGCCCGUCCCUCCCCUCACCCACCCCGCGCACACCCCUGCUCACAUCCGAGCUCCCGCCCCUCCCCGUGCUGAUGGCAUGGCACGCGCACCUCCUCCAUCCGGCGCAUUACGCGGCGGACACAGCACCCGGGGAAACAUACGCUGCGCUCGCACACACCCAUUUCCCACUCGCGGCCGUCGCGGCCGCGCUGCGCACCAACACGCUGCCGCGAGCGCUGCCGCACGCGCCCGAGCGCCACUCGCACAGCAUCUCCGGCUGGCGCGUCCCCGACAUCACCGUCGCGGUGCAGCAGGCGCGCGCGCUCUGGAUCCGCGAGGGCGCGGACACGCCGCGCGUGCAGCGCGCCAUCGUGCGAUACCAUGCCUGGCUCGACUUGUUCGCUGCGACGCGCGCGCCGCGGCUCGCGCCGACGCCGGAUAUCGAGAUGGUGUGGCGCACGCACCAGGUGCGCGGCGCCGCGUUCCGCGCCGAAACGGCCGUGGUGUUGGGUCACUCGCUCGAUCAGGAGGAGAGAGGGGACCAUGAGCUCCGGCGGUAUACGGCUAGAAUGUGGGAAAAGCGCUUCGGGCAAAAGUAUGAGAAGAGUGUGCCGCGCCGCCCGGUGCGCAGGAGCACGGUGUAGAGCUUGUAGCGAUAGCAAGGAUGUAUAAUAGGCUGUGAGUCGUA